UUAAAGUUUACCCUAGUUGGGCUUCCUUUUAGAGAGAGAUCGUUUUGUGUUCAAUUUGGGUGGUGGAAUCCGAAGCCAAACGCAGUUCAGAAGCCUCCGUAAUCUUGAGCAGCUUUCGGAGAAUCUUCAAUCUCAACAAUCAUGUACGGACCCAGAGGGGCAAUGUUGGGAAGCGGGGGGGUUUCGGAUGGGUACGAAGUCGGCUCAAAAAGACAAAGAAUGAUGGAACCGAAUCCCUACUUCGCAGUUAGCAGCAGCACUGCUGGAUUUCAACCUUACGGCUAUGGGAGUUUUCCACCUACUCCUGCCUUUCCUGUGGUUCGCCUUAGAGGACUUCCCUUUAACUGCACCGACAUCGACAUUUUCAAGUUCUUUGCUGGACUGGAUAUUGUGGAUGUGUUGCUGGUCAACAAGAAUGGACGGUUCAUGGGAGAGGCCUUUGUUGUCUUUGCUGGGUCCAUGCAGGUUGAGUUCGCACUGCAGCGGGAUCGACAGAAUAUGGGGCGUAGGUACGUAGAAGUCUUCAGGUGCAAAAGGCAGGAUUAUUAUAAUGCUGUUGCUGCUGAAGUAAAUUAUGAGGGCAUCUAUGAUAAUGACUACCAUGGAAGCCCUCCUCCUCGGCAAAAGAGGUUCAGUGACAAGGACCAGAUGGAAUACACUGAGAUACUGAAGCUGCGUGGUCUCCCCUUCUCUGUAACGAAAUCCAACAUCACUGAAUUUUUUGGAGAGUUUGACCUCACAGAAGAUAGGGUACAUAUUGCAAGUCGUCCAGAUGGGAAGGCAACUGGUGAGGCAUACGUGGAGUUUGCUUCAGCAGAGGAGGCAAAGAGAGCAAUGAGCAAGGACAAGAUGAUGAUUGGAUCAAGAUAUGUGGAGUUGUUUCCUUCAACCCCAAAUGAAGCUAGAAGAGCUGAGUCAAGGUCAAGACAGUGAGUAGUAGGCAAUUUGGUCAUGGAGUCUAAAGUUCCCUGUUGCUAUAUUUUUGUAUCGAGGCUUUGCUGUUCUUGUACUUUUCCAAUUAGUAGGAUGAUAUUUUAUCGCUGUGGUAUAGCUCUCUGCAGUUUAGUCUAAAAUCUGUGGAGUAAAUUGGUACUGCAUUUUGAGAUUGAAGUCAGUUCUAUGAGUUCAUAUCUUGGUUAAAACACUGACUUUUUUUU